CAUUCAACUGAAAUCAAGCUGUGUCACUGCCACCACAGUCUGCUCAUCAAGAACACAUAAAUAGGUCACUGCACUGAAUUAAAGCACGAGCAUGCAGACUCAAAAAAUGCUCCCUCAAAGAACUAACCCCUCCCUUUUACUCUAUCUUCGUCCACCGAAAUCCUACCCCUUCACCACCGCCACCCCCAUUCCACCACCACCUCAACAAUCACUUGAAGCCGCCGCUCUAGCCACCCUAAUCCUCACGUCAUCAAACCCACAAGCAUUAGCCCAAACCCUUCACUCCCCCACCAUCCAAUGGACCCCACAAUUGGUCAACACAAUCCUUAAACGCCUUUGGAACGAUGGCCCUAAAGCCCUCCAAUUCUUCAACCUCCUUUCCCACCAUCCUUCCUACUCCCACCACCCCUCCUCCUUCGACCACGCCAUUGACAUUUCCGCCCGCCUCCGCGACUCCCCUUCUCUCCGGUCCCUAAUUUAUCGUAUGCGCUCCGCGCGCCUUGGCCCUACCCCUAAAACCUUUGCAAUCAUUGCUGAAAGGUAUGCCUCUGCGGGUAAACCCCAUAGAGCAGUUAAAGUUUUCUUGUCUAUGCAUCAAUUUGGUUGUUUUCAAGACUUGCAAUCUUUUAAUACAAUCCUUGAUGUGUUAUGCAAGUCCAAACGCGUGGAAAUGGCUUAUAAUCUGUUUAAGGUUUUCAAGGGAAAGUUUAGGGCUGAUUGUGUUAGUUAUAAUGUGUUGGUGAAUGGUUGGUGUUUGAUUAAGAGGACUAAUAAAGCUUUGGAGAUGUUGAAGGAGAUGGUUAAGAGAGGAUUGACUCCGAAUUUGACUAGUUAUAAUACAAUGCUUAAAGGGUAUUUUAGAGCUGGUCAGAUUAAUGAAGCUUGGGAUUUCUUUUUGGAAAUGAAGAAGAGAGACUGUGAAAUUGAUGUCAUUACUUAUACUACUGUGAUUCAUGGUUUUGGUGUUGCUGGUGAGAUUAAGCGAGCUCGAAAGGUUUUUGAUACGAUGGUGAAGAAAGGAGUGCUUCCUUCCGUUGCUACUUAUAAUGCCUUCAUUCAGGUUUUGUGUAAGAAAGACAGCGUGGAUAAUGCUAUAGUCAUUUUUGAGGAGAUGGUGGUGAAGGGUUAUGUGCCAAAUUCAAUAACUUAUAAUUUGGUUAUUAGAGGGCUGUGUCAUAGAGGUGAAAUGGAGCGGGCAAUGGAAUUUAUGGGAAGAAUGAAGGAUGAUGGUUGUGAGCCAAAUGUUCAAACAUACAAUCUUGUGAUUCGGUACUUUUGUGAUGAAGGAGAGAUUGACAAAGCGCUGGACUUGUUUCAGAAGAUGACUAGUGGGGAUUGCUUGCCGAAUUUGGACACUUACAAUAUAUUGAUAAGUGCAAUGUUUGUUAGGAAAAAAUCAGAUGAUUUAUUGGUGGCUGGAAACUUGUUGAUUGAGAUGGUUGAUAGAGGAUUUGUUCCUCGGAAAUUCACUUUCAAUCGGGUUUUGAAUGGGCUAUUGUUAACAGGUAAUCAAGGUUUUGCAAAGGAGAUUCUGAGAUUGCAGAGUAGAUGUGGCCGUCUUACCCGUAAAAUAAAGUUGUGAAGCUCAUCAAACUUUUAAUUGGCCAAUAAAUUACUAGACUUCAACAUGUCGACUUCGAAAAUUGUAAAUAAUUAUUGUUUGUUUGGUGCCAUAUGAGACGAAGGAAACUGAUUCAUUAUUUGUGAAAAUGGUGAAGGAUGGGACUUUUCAUUUAUUUUCAACUCAGUGUUUUGAACAGAUUUGUGUGUAUAUCUGUCUCCCAUCAAAAGGUGGACAGGGAUAAUAUGCUCAGUUUGGUCAUGUAUCAUUUGAUCCCAUCUCCAAAUUAAAUGCCGGGGAGUGGAUUGUGUCAUGCAAUGAAUUAGAGAGGAUGAUGAAAGCUGUAGUACCUAAUCUUGAAUGUGAUAUUUCUUCUAUGGGAGAUAAGUAGGUAAUCUAUUUUUUGUUUUAUUGUAAGGAUCCGCUCUCUUUUAUUGUUGGCCAGAUUGAUUCAUUCUUUUUCUUGACUGCUAUUUGAUGUUGUUCCGGUAUAUUUGUUUGUGUAUGGUUAGAUUACUUAUAAAUGUAUGGAUGUAGGUAAUGCUCUGUUGACUUCCACUGAAGUUCUGCAAAUCCUGGAAUGAUGGUUCAACCCUGUCCUUGGCCUCAGGGAGUGGCAAGCAGCACAGAACUUAAUUAAUCAAAUGGCAUAUGGGGGUUAGAAACCCACAGACAACAUACCGAAACUUCCAAACCAAACAAAUGCAACAUGAGAAGGAGCUUUUUACACUUCAAACCCAGUUCUUGGAAUGAAAAGACACUCCAUGGUCAAUCAAAGGUCCUAUGCCAGUUAAACUCGUCUUUGAUAAUAAUUGACAGCUUAAUUUGUUGUUAUCUUGGCAUGAGAGUGUUUUAGAAACUGUAUUCAGUUAAAGUGCUGGACAAGCUAGGUAGUAUAUAUUCAUUGUGGGUGACAAAUAACAAAUGGUGGUUUGCAUACAAAUUUUGUUCAUUAUUUUACUGAUGAGAAUUUCCUUGGAUUCAUGUAACUGUAUGAUGCUGUCUUUUUUCCUAUGUUUGUAUAUUUUGACUUAAAGAGAAACUUCAUGUUGACUUUAAUUAUGUUAGCUUCCAUGGUUUGUUAGAAUACGUUGAAACUUGGAUCCAAAUCUAUCAAUCAGCAGGUAAAAAAGAGAGGGAGAGGACCUCUUGUUAAUUUCCACCUUGCGUGCCGGAAAGGCCUUAACUCCUAAGGAGAGACAGAUCUUGUCUUAUUUUCCUAUUACACCAAUGUGAUUGAUGCCGUGAAAGUAUUGAUUUUACAUCUUCAAUUCAUAUCUUUUAUUGAUAGGAAACAAUAAGAAAGAGUUGGUCCCCAAUGGUUUUUGUUUCAACUUCGUUUUUUAUUUUAAAAGGACUUGGAUUUGGAAAAGAAUUCUCCUGUCUUGUUUGGUUUAUGCUUCGAAGAAAGUGUUCAAUGAAUUGGAAAGCAGCAGUUUUGGAGUUUUGGAUAACAUUGAAGAGGGAGAAGUAUUCUGAACAUGUCCUAAGGAAAUUUGUUUGCAACAGCAGCCCUGAAGUUAUGCCAUCCAUCUUCUUUUCCAGAGAACAGAAUUAGAAAUUCAGCAUUUCUGCCCACCUCUGCGACUUCCCUGUUCUCUGAUCCUAUUUCUUGCACUCACUGUGCCUCCCUUGGCCUCUCCCCCAUAAACCUAUGCAAUCAUUGCUGAAAGGUAGAUCUUGCUGAUGCAUUCUGCUCACAGGUGUAUCAUCCAUUCACAACUGUUGAAGACUUGAUGUUGUUUCAGUGACAUGUGAUUUACAGUUAGUUGGCAAUGUCUAUGCCAACCACUAGGGUUCCAGCAGGGCUGAUGGAAGUACAGGGAACUUGGCUGAGAGAGAAUGUUAUUAUGACCAUGUUUGAAUGAAGCGCCACCUACAGUUAUGUCAUUCAUCAGCAGUUUCUUCACGGACCCAACAUGAAGUGCGUAAUGUGCUAAAUUCUGGUGGAAAUUUUUUGUUUUAGUAGAUCUGGUGGGAAAUUGGAUAUAAAUUAAUGUCAUCUUUUCUUUUUGAAAAUCCCAGCAUUUCAUUGUAGCUGCUUGUGAUGAAAGCUAUGUUUCUGGACCUAGUCGAUGUAUUUGAACUGAAAAUUGUCUCCGUAUGAACUUGUUAUAAUUACCUGUUGUUUUUUGACUUUUUUCUUAUUUUUUUCAUUUAGCAGUAAAA